AUGAUCAUGCCACCCUGGUUUCUGGACAUCACCGAUGCGGUAUGUCGUGCAUGUGGCGUAAAUGAGCGGCCGAACUCCUGCAAUGCAAACUUGUACGAGGAUGAAACGGAUUCAGUUGGUUGGCAUGCAGAUGAUGAGCCUUGCUUCGAUGCCAAGCAUUCGGAUGCCCUUAUCAUCUCAUUGUCCUUAGGAUCAACUCGCACUUUCGUUCUACGGCCUUUGGACGAUCCAAAAUCGCAGACGCAGCUGAGUUUGGAGAAUGGAGACCUGGCCACAAUGGAUACUGAUGCGUGGCUGGAUGCCACACUUCCGGCCGAAGAGUGUGCAUGCGAGGAAGCGGCGCCUGGUCUGAAUUGGCAAGAGUUUCUGAAGGACUUGCGUGACAAUCUUGACGACGAUCCCAGCUUCUCGAGGCCGUGGGUGCAUCGUCUUUGUUCCUCUGCGUAUGCUACAUUCUUCAGCGAAUUCUACUUGGAAGAGGCCACUUAUCAAGUCUCAAAAAGUACUUGUGGUUCCGGGCUCCUGGCCGUGGCAGCUGUGUGCAGCCAGUCUUUGGCUCUGCAAAUGGUCAACAUUUCUACAAGAUGGCGCUGGACAGAGAGACCAGUGCAGAAUGAGGGCAGAUCUGUGAAGGAUUUUCUCGAGCCGAUGCUCGCGGGAGAUUGCCUGCGCUUGUGUGAGGAGCAUUCUGAAUGUGCUUCAGUUGCACAUGGACCUUUUGGCUGCCACUUGAAGGACAAGUGUGUCCUACGUGGGGAAGAGUUGGUGCUUCCAGGAGUGGCCCAAGGCUACAGAACCUAUUAUCAGCGCAGUGGUCCAUGUGCAAAUGAAGCUCCUUCCGCUGGACUUGACUCGGACGGUCAACAUCUUUCAGAAGUUCGCUACUUGAUGGAUUCUGCAGUGCGAUUGCUGGAUCAUGUAGUUCACUGUCUUGAUGAGUCUCGCUGGCCCUUCUCAAUAGAAGAGAUUCUUUCGAAUCGAAUAGAGUUCACCGCAGCCAUGCUCCAUACGCAGCGACAUGAUGGACGUGAAUUUACUUUCCAGUGGCGCCGCUGGCAAAGCUACAAACUUCCUUUCACCUGCGAUGUUGCAGGGAGAUCCGCUGUUGGAGAUGCAGGGGCCGUGUGCCGCACGUUGAAUCGGUUGAUGAUCCGCUGGGUCCGGGGUCUUGAUUCGGAGGUGGGCUUUUGGCAUGCCCUUCUGGAUCCAAAGAACGGGAACAACUCAGAGGUUGACCCAGCAGCCUGGAAAAGUGCACAGUACUGGGUGGAGUCAGGUGUGGUCGCCUGGCACUAUGACGACAUUUGCACCUUCCUGGAUUUGGCUCGAAGCAACGAGAAGUAUGGCACCCCGCGGGUGCUCAAUGCGGGAUCGGGGCCACUGGCACCCGGUCGGAUUGACUGUGGCCAAAGUGUGCCAGUCGUAGCCAGUGAUGGUUUGGCAAGAUUCUACCUGCAACUAUUUGAUAUCCUUCAGCAUGAGCCUCCAGCCUUUCCACUACAAUGCGCGACGGAAGCCCUAAAUGAGUGCUUCCCCCAGCAUCACUUCGACGUGGUGCACAUGAGGAAUUCCUUGGACCAUGCGAAUGAUCCCCUGAUGGGCAUUUUGCAGCUUAUUUGGGUGGUUCGGCCAGGUGGUUGGGUUCUACUUAGACAUGCUCGAAAUGAAGGUGUCGCUGGACACUUCCAGCUUGGUCUCCAUCAGUGGGCGUUUGACAUCGAAGAUGCACCUGACGGGCAGCAUUUUGUGAUUUGGAGUCCAUCUCUGCGUGUGGAUGUGUCUCAAUGGUUGCUCUCUGGUGGCUUUGCUUCAGCAGUCAAUGCUCAGCGCCAACCGCAUCCUGCAGGCGGAACAGAGGAGAUCCUUGGAGACCAACGGAAACCAAGUUGA